AUGGUUGUAUUAGCUGCAUCAAUUACCACUAGAAAUGGUAAGCCUUUAUUGUCGCGUCAAUUCAGGGAAUUGACCAAGGAGAGAACCAUGGAAUUGUUAUCCAACUUCCAAGGUCUGGUUUCCAAUAUUUCCUCAGAUCACACUUUUUUGGAGGAUGAACACGUCAGGUACGUUUAUAGACCCUUCGAUAACUACUACAUCAUCUUGAUUACGAAUCGUCAGUCUAACAUCAUUCAGGAUUUAUCUACGUUGAACUUGUUCUCUUCCACUGUGAACUCAUACUUGGCUAGUUAUGAUGAACUAGAGAUAUUUGAUAAUAGUUUCGAAAUUUUGAGCUCUUUUGAUGAGAUCGUCACCAUGGGUUACAAAGAGAACUUGAGCAUAUCUCAAGUUGAAACAUACUUGGCCAUGGAAUCGCACGAGGAAAGAAUCCAGGAGAUUAUUGAACGUAAUAAAGAAAUUGAAGCAACUGAGGAAAGAAAGCGUCGUGCAAAGGAAAUUGCAAGAAAAGAGCAAGAGAGGAAGUUGGGAAUCUAUGGUGGAGAGUUUGAAACAGCUAACUUGGUUGCAAACAGCCAAAACAGGUUCAUGGCUAGUAAUGAUCCAAAUGUUGCUAAUGCUUUGAAUAGUUAUUACAGCCACGCCUCUCCAGCUGCUCAACAGUCAUACUCAAAGCAACAGCAUCCACAAUCUUUCCAAAACUUGGACAAUGACGUUGCCUCUACUACUCGUGGUAUGAAAGGUAUGAAACUUGGAGGUGGUGCUCAGCCAGCUAUGUCUAGGAAAAUAUCAACUCCAUCAAGACCAUCUCGUGGUCAAACAGCUGAGCCAGAAGAAGAUAAACCACAGAACAACGGUAUUCUGAUAACCAUCAAAGAAACGAUCAAUGCCGAGAUCACUAGAGAUGGUGUUAUUUCAUCUUCUGAGUUAAAGGGUGUUAUGGAAUUGCGCAUUAACGAUCCAGAACUAGCGCAGGCAAAAAUCAAACUGGCUGAUUCUAUGGACGUCAAGGAUCAUUCCUACCAAUUUAAAACACAUCCAAACAUUGACAAGAAUGUGUUUACUAGCUCUAAAACCAUUGGUCUCAGAGACAGCAGCAAGUCCUUCCCAUCCAAUGAUAACAGUUUAGGUGUAUUGAGGUGGCGUAAGGUCGGCCUUCCAGAUGAUAAGGCGUUGAUACCGCUAGAUGUAUCAACUUGGGUAUCUCCAUCGAGUGACAACGAUGGUCUGUUUGAAGUCACUAUUGAAUACGAAUCUAGAAAGGACUUGGAAAACAUCCUGUUUAAAGUUCCGGUGUAUACAGAAAAUGUUAAAAUUAAUGAGGACAGCGAUGACAGUAAUGCUGAGAUUAUUGCUAUAGAUGAUGAAGAAGGUAUCACUAUUAAGGUAGACAGUUGUCCAAACGGAAGUUCAGGUGUUGUAAGUUUGUUGGUUGAAGCCGAAUUUGAAGAUGCUCUGUUCCCAUUAUCUAUCGGAUUCACUGGAAAGGCUCAAGGAUCAGCUAGUAUGGUAGGUGUCGAUAUUUCCGCUGUAGUUGGUAGUGAAACUGCCGAAGAAUUGCCAUUUGACAAGAUAACUGUUAUAAAACCAGAACAGUAUGUUGUUGUUUAA